AUGUCAAGAGAUGAAUUAUCUGAAUCCCGUCGAGUAAACGAGAUAUUGCGAAACCUCAGAGGAGAACAGUACCGUCAUCAUCGCAACAUAAAUCGUGCACGAACGGACAUUCUUCCGUCCUCACUCACACACAAUACCCCAUCUCUCCCGACGAAUCUCGUUUACUCUGUAUCUCAAGGUACUGAACGGCCAGAUCGACUUGCAGGACCUGACCCUCCGAGGAGUUGGGCGACAAACCCUCUGCAGACCAAUGUGGAAGAUCGAAUCAAACCUGGUAGCUCAGGCCACGGGGAACAGAACUCAGCCGAGUUCCGGGCAGAUGCUCUAUCUCUAGUCAUACCGGGCUCAACGUCACUCGUUAAUGGCGCCUUGAUAUUGCCUCUUACUACGUAUUGCCUCGACGCCAUCCUCCGGACGUGUAGCCAGCGCGACAUGGCGCAAAUAGCGGAAUACAUUCCAGCUCAUCUACGGCGAUAUCUAGUUCGUCUAGCAGCUAUACGAUCGCCACUAUCCGAUAUGGUACUAAAUGCUUUGCGCGACGAGGGGGAGUACGUUGAUGGUGAGUGCGUCAUUGUCGGUCCGCACGGUGUCUUGCAAGUCCCUCAAGACGACCACCCGAGAAUCGAUCGAAACCUAGGCAAAAUGCCUUUACAACAUCAUGGUGCUCGGGGAGAUUCCUGGGAAUCGAGCCUCGAAGCCCCGGGCCCGACUGCGCCACAUACGUUUGCUAUCAUUUCAUUGCCGUUGACCACGAGCAAAUUUUUGUCUCUCCCGCCCACAAUAACUCGACUAGCGCUUAUCGAUGUCUCGACCUCUCUCCCCAUACGCCGGCUUCAUCUGAUAUGCCCAUUGCUCGCUGUGCUCGAUCUAUCUUACAACGUCUGGUUGAGCACACCGGAAGCUGGAUCACGAUUGGUUAAAGAGGUUGACUGGAGCAAACUACGCAAUUUAGAGAUUCUUGGUUUGCGGGACUGCUAUAUCGCUCCUGAUUUACGUGCUGUAAUCAACAGAGGAUCGUGGCGCGAUGUGCAAAUUGUCGUAUAACAUACCACCCAG